AUGUCUUCUGUGCGACGGCUUCCCAUUAUUCACCCAAAACCUGCUGAUGGCAGCAGGCUCGCGCCUUUCAAUUUGCCUGCCGUAACGUCGUUUCACAAUAACCUACCUGGAUAUGCACCAUCGCCACUGGUGUCGCUGCCCGGAGUGGCUGCCGACCUUGGCAUCAAGGGUGUCUAUAUCAAGGAUGAAAGCAGCCGCUUCGGAUUACCAUCCUUCAAGAUUCUGGGCGCAUCAUAUGGCGCCUACUACGCCCUGGUGACCAGCCUGGGACUGAGUCUAGACUGCAAUAUCGACACAUUGGCGUCAAAGGCCAGAGAGAGUGGCUCUGUCCUGUUUGCUGCCACCGAUGGCAAUCACGGUCGAGCUGUUGCUUUCAUGGCCAAGCUACUGUCGAUCGAGGCUCGCAUCUUUGUCCCGCGUAGCCUCGACGAGUACACCAAAGAGGCUAUAGCCGGGGAAGGAGCCAAAGUCAUCCUUGGGCCUGGGGAUUAUGACCAGGUCGUCGCCUUUGCAGCUGAAGCAUCAAAGGCUUGUCCCGGCGGUGUCUUGGUCCAAGAUACAUCGUUUCCAGGUUACGAAGAUGUACCUGCCAGAAUCGUCGAGGGUUAUUCUACAAUCUUUAGAGAGAUUGAUGAUCAAAUAGCUGAGCAGAAUAUCAACAUUGAUCUGUUCAUUAGUCCCGCUGGGGUGGGCUCCUUGGCACAUUCCGUGCUUCGAUAUUACAAGUCUCUCCAAAGACCGGUAUGCUCAAAGGUCGUGACUGUGGAGCCUGAUACCGCAGCGUGCUUGUACAAGAGUCUGCAAGCACGCGCAGACGCGAGCACACCAGUCACAACAUCUCACACAAUCAUGACUGGGCUGAAUUGUGGCACCGUCACUUACUCUGCUUGGCCUGAUUUCAGAGACUGCCUGGAUGGCAGUGUGACGAUUUCCGACUUUGAAGCUCACUCCUCGGUGAAAGAGCUCAAAGCGUAUGGCAUUGACUCGGGCCCCUGUGGUGCUGCUGGGCUGGCAGCAUUACGGUAUCUCAUGGCUUCCUCCCGGGAGGAACUCGGCCUGGGUAAGGACUCGGUUGUUGUACUGUUGAAUACGGAGGGAGCCCGGCCAUACACGACUCCCCAUGAUGUGACAAGUGAUGAUCCCGUGGAGCUGACGCGCAUUCUCACUCGAAUCGAGUCCACCAAUCCCACCUUGUCACUAUCAGCUGGAAGCGGAGAGGAAGCUAUUGCAGAUUUCAUCGAAGGCUGGCUGGAACAUCGCGAUAUAGAAAGCCAUCGAAUUCAAUCUCAGCAGGGUCGACCAUCCGUGGUGGGCAAAGUGACUGGCACUGGCAACGGGCGAAGCCUAAUGAUGAAUGGUCAUAUCGACACUGUUAGUCUGGCUGCGUAUACUAAGGACCCACUAAGUGGUGACUUGACAGAGAAGAAUGGCCGUCCCGCCGUGGUUGGAAGAGGAAGCCUGGACAUGAAAGCAGGUACCGCCGCCGCAAUGGUUGCUCUAGCGCAUGCCAAGAAGAGUCAACCGCGUGGCAGUGUCCUUUUGGCAGCGGUGGCUGACGAAGAAGACACUUCCAUCGGCACCGUAGAUAUCCUCGAAGCGGGCUGGCGCGCCGAUGCUGCUGUUAUCCCGGAACCAACAAUGCUUCAGUUGGGAACAAGUCACAGAGGUUUCCUGUGGUUCGAGGUGGAGAUCCUGGGAACUGCUGCCCAUGGCUCUCGUCCAGAUCUGGGGGUAGACGCCAUAAUGAAUGCCGGGUUAUUCUUGAGCUCGUUGAAAGAGUAUACGAACCGGCUCCCCAUCGAUGAUGUCUUGGGUCCAGCCUCUGCCCACUGUGGCUUGAUCGAAGGGGGCGAGGAGUUGUCCAGCUAUCCAGCGUCCUGCAAGGUCAAGAUUGAAUUCAGGACAGUGCCAGCUCAACGGGCCGAGCAGAUCCAGGACGAUCUAGUUUCCAUAUUGGAGAAACAUUCCAAGACGGAUGCCUCGUUCCGGUUCCAGCCGCCAAAGCUUCUGGUAGAGCGUCCUGCCCUCAAGCUAUCCUCGUCUGAGCCAAUAGUGAAGGCAGCCAUCAGCGCCGCAAAGUCCACAGCGAACCCUUUAGUCGAACCUCAAGCCCUUUCAUUUUGGUGCGAUGCUGCAUUAUUGACUGAGGCUGGUAUACCCGCUGUGGUAUUUGGUCCAGAGGGAGAAGGCUUGCACGCAAAGGAGGAGUGGGUGUAUGUUGAGAGCAUACACAAGACGACUGCGAUGUUGGACAAUUUGAUAAGCGACUUUUGUCAGUAG